CACGGGACGACGCGUUCCCCGGGCUGCCUGCGCGGUUUCGCGCGCAGAAGACGCGUCUGCGGUCGUCCGGGCUGCCCGCAGAGGCCCUUUUGAAUGAACUGUCGAGAGCGGGCUGCAGACGCGCUUCAGAGGCCUCCCGCGCUCUCGAACUGCGCGGAGACAGUGACGUAGUGGCCUAGGGUUCGGAGGCUGGACGCGUUUAGGGUUGCGUCUCGGAGCCGAUGGCUCAGAUAGGCAACAUCACUACACUUUCCUUCCUCUCUCUCGUCUUCUCCAGACCGUCUUUGUCUCCAGCCAACAUAAUCGUGCCUUGAGCCCUCUUCUCCCCUGCCCUCCCCGCCCGCAAUGAUCCGCCGGCAGCUCCUCCUCGCUCCGCGCUUUGCGCGUCCCCUCUAUCGCUGCUACUCUUCCAUCGUGCCUCCUGCUCCGCUCUCCAAAGAUGAGAUUGUUGCCCGAUACAAAGAGAAGCUCGCCCAGGUCAUGAAAGAGAAAGGUGCCUCUUCCGUUGAUGAGCUCCGCGAGCACUUCAAAGACGAGAUCGUCAAAGUCCGAGAGCGCGAGAAAAUACCUCCACCUUUCUCAAUCAAAUCAACCUCUUCCGAGAGCGAUCCAUCCUCCUCAUCACCAUCAUCGACCGUCUCCUCAUCCUCCUCAACUCCGUCACAAUCGUCUCCUGCACCCCCUAACAUUCCCAAAGUCCCCAAGGCGAAAAAAAUCAAAAAUUUAUCUUCCUUCGUCGACGUCGAAAAACUUGCCCAGCACACCGAAAAGAAAGAGAUUGAGCUAAUUUGGCGGGCGCGCUUCGCCAACAAGCCUAACGCACUCUGUGCUGUCCUCACAGUAGAAGCCUUCAACAAAAUCAGGAGCAAUGCGCGACGAUAUCCGAUGUUCAUCCUUCCCCUGCCGCGCGAUGCCACCAGUGGUCUCCACGCUGUCGAGAAUCCUGACGGUGCCUCUGAGAUGCAAUUCGUUCAAUGGACCUUCCCCGAAAAGGACACGGUCCAUUGCUUGCUGACUUCUCUGCUCGAGUACAAGCUGCACACCGAAUUUGCCCGGCCCCACACUACUCUUAUCUUCCAUGCCGAUCUCGCCGAAUCUCAUGAUCUCGUUCUCCUCAAUGGCACUGUCGAGCCCGAUAUGAACAUAUCUUCCGCAGACGCCCAAUUCCUUGUCAUCUGCCUGCAGAAGUUCUACAAUCUGGACCCACGCACCGAAACCGAUCGCUACGCUCGCGAGAAAGCUCUCCGUCGUCUGUUGCUGCUCGAACUAUUCCAUAAAGGCGAGGGCUUCAACAUAAGCGAUCUCAUUAACGAGACACAAAUGGCCGACUAAGAACCUCUACUACACAGAUAUCUAUCUAUUGUACAUAUUAAUACCAAUUUAAUGAAAAUCUUACCCAAACUUCUACAAAAUCUCAAACAUGAAAGCCCAAAUCAGUAACCCUAACAUCAA